AUGACCUGAGAGCACCUCAGUGAGCGACUAGAGUUCGUUUAGUAUAUUACCAACCUGGUUCAAAUGGUUUGCUUAAAUGCAAUGUGAAAGCAAAGUGUUUCAUUUUGUAAGGAUAAAGAAUAAACCAACAUCCCAAACAGGAAAUUAUCAAUGACAGAAAAAAAAAAACUUGAUCACUCAAAACAUGAACCAAGUGCAGCUAUUCGUGUUCUUUGCCAAAAUAUAUACAUUUUAACCCUUUGCUAUCCAGUGUCUGAUAUAUUUGACACUGAGAAAUAGUCAUUACAUUGGUGUGGUAACAUACCCAGGCAGGGGUGCAAACCGUUUUUAAAAUUGGUGCUAAACUGUUUUGAAAGUUUAGCACCAGAGAGCCGACUACUGGUGCUAAUAUCAUACCCCGCCCUAAUUAAGACACCCCCAAUCUACAUUACUCUCUAUCUCACAGGACUAACGAGAUUUUUCUGGUAAAAAUAGUUUCGCCACUGCUACAGCAUUAGCGUGCCCACCGUCCCCAUGCUCGUGUUUCCGCAACAUUCUUUCCUGCACUUCGGAAGAUAAGGGAUUAAAGCUGAAAAACAUCCCCACACUAGACUCAGCCGUAGACUUCACUAUCCUAGAUUUCCGUGGUAACAGCAUUUCCAAAUUAAAAGGAGCGAUAUGGGCUCAGUAUCAGAAUGCAGUAUACCUCAAUUUGAAACAUAACAAUCUGACGGAAGUAAACAAACUCUCCUUUGCUGGACUGUUCAAAUUAAAAUAUCUGUUUUUAUCUGACAAUCAAAUAAUGUUCAUGACAAGUUAUGCCUUUGAGCCAUUGUUACAUAUCCAACUAAUUGAUCUCAGUAACAACCAACUCAUUGGUAUUCAGGAUGAUCUUUUCAAGUCAAACUCUGGAUUCCCUUACUUGAAAGUAUUAGAUCUGAGCAACAACCGCAUUGUAACCAUUGGCUGCGAUGCUUUCGGAAUGCUUUCCCAAUUGAGUUUCUUGAAUAUGAGUGGCAACGAUCUGGACUUCAUAGGCGAUCGUGCUUUUGAAAAUAUGACAUCAUUAACGUAUUUGGAUAUCCACACAAGCCAAAUCUCAAUAAAAACACUUGGCAUUAUACUGCAUAAGAAAAAAGGUGUUAUAAACCUGUAUCUGUCCCAUGCCACUAAAUGCUGUUUGUGCAUGUUCCCAAGUCAUACUCGCUUCUAUCUUAGCAGAACUUUGGAACUGGAUUGCAAAGAUUUGAAAUGUGAAAUAAAUUUGAAAAAAUGCUAUCCAAAUGAAGAAAAUUCCCUGCAAUCUGUAAGACCCAGCUGUAAUCCAACGAUUCCAGAGAAAACACCGAACAUGAAUGAAUCCAAGAGUUUAUUUAGGAGUAACGACUUUAACUCUCUUACAUCUGAUAUGAACAGUACUACUACUGCUGUGCCCAUAAACAACACAGACAAACGUGUAUAUAUUAACCAAACAGUCAUCGUAAUACCAGUUUCAAAAGAUCAUUCAGACUUCAAGUUAAACCUCGCACAAACAGUAGUGAACUUAGUAUCAAGCCUGCCUUAUAUUUUAAACCAAUUAGCUGCACUGAAUGAAACAACAGGAAAAACUGGGGAAAUCAAUCACUUUCCCAAUUUCGAAAAAAAAAAGAUUGGAGACAAAUAGUGAACAUCUUUUCAAAGGACCCAUUGCAGAUAAUAAGGAAAAGAGAAAUUUGUUAGCAGAUUUAAACAAUAAAUCACUCGAAAGCAAUUCACACCAGCUUAUAGAUCUAAAGCAAGCAUUAGACUAUCUUUAUAAAUUGUAUGUUGGAAA